AUGAGGAACCCGCGAAAGCUCGCGGACCGUUCAAAAUACUACCGCUUCCACCGGCAACAUGGGCACGACACUGAACAGUGUCGUGAGCUAAAAAGGCAAAUCGAGGAGCUCAUCCGCCGAGGGCACCUCGGCCACUACCUUCUGCCGGACAAAGAGCUAUCCCCUCGCCCGAAGGGUCCCGUCGAGCGACACAUCGAUGUAAUCGCUGGCUGCCCCGCAUCGGGGGGGGGGGUGUGUGCGCGGGGCUCCUUGUCGGGAAGAAAGGCAGACGUAACCCCUGGACACGGGCCCGAGCCCGAAAUCACCUUCCCGACCGGGGUAUCCGAGCGACCCGAACACGACGACGCCCUUGUGAUAUCGGCUAGGGUAGCCAACGUGCAGGUAAGAAGGAUCAUGGUCGACACUGGGAGCUCGGCCGAUAUACUCUACUUCGACGCCUUCCAGAAGCUUGGCUUGGCCAGGGAGAACAUGAGGCCAAUGAGUUCAGCGCUCACCGGAUUCACAGGAGAUUCGAUAUCACCUCUAGGGGCUAUUACUCUGCCCUUGACCCUAGGGGUCCCACCGAGGUCGAAGACGGUGAUGACCACCUUUUUGGUGGUCGACCUUCCCACUGCUUACAACGCCAUACUCGGACGGCCGACCCUCAACAAGGUCAGAGUCGUCGUCUCGACCUACUACCAAACCAUCAAGUUCCCGACUCACGCUGGGGUCGGAGAAGUUACGGGAAGCCCCCGAGAGUCCAGGCAGUGCUACCUGACCACCGUUUCACUACACAAGAGGACUAGGAUCGAGCCGCUGCUGGAAGAUCCGCGGGAAACAAAAAAACCAGCCCCUCAUCCCGAGCCAAGGGGGUCCACCGUUGAUAUACCAUUACAAGAAGCCCGGCCUGACCGGACGGUCAAAGUUGGUUCAGAACUACCCGAACAGGAACGAGAAUAG